AUGAUUAUAACGUUCACAUUGGUUUCCUUUCUGACUCUAGGCCUGAUUGCCAAAGCGAUUUUGAGCACGAAGGAGCGUCGGAUGGUGCUCUCAGACAUUUACCACUGGAUCCAGGUCAACUACGCCUACUUUCGCACUCGGGGUCCGGGCUGGAGGAACUCCAUCAGGCACAACCUCUCCCUGAAUGACUGUUUCAUCAAAGUCGGUGAGUGUCAUUCAGAAUACAUUUCAAUGGCUUUUGAAAUAAUAUACAAUUGA